GUGGGCUCGGCGGUUUGGAUGUUUUUUGAAAAAUCAUAAGUGGAUAAUAUGGCAAAUAUGGGAUACAGCACAAAAGGGGAAAUGUGAUAAGACAUCAAAUACAUCAAACCAUAUCAAAUAACGGUGCCAAAACAGCGCAGUCUAUGGUAGAAAAAUAAACAGAAACUUGGAGCGCGGAGCUGUCGCUGUUUGCAUAGCCAUUUACAAUAAUUUUUAACGAAUGGAGUUUAAAAGAGCAAUAAAAAUAUAAUAGUAAAUAAACUCUCUUGGAUAGCGCAAAAUGCCAUAAUUAAUGUUCAAUGGAAGCCUGGGUUCUAUUUGAAAAUCAUUAUUCAAACAGAUUACGUAUUUCUUCUUUGAAAUUGAAAGUUGAAUCUGUAUGUACAAUUUUGACAAUACAGAGUGUGCGGGUCGGCGGAUGUGAGAGAGAAGUGCUAUUUAUUGGGAAUAAAUAAGCAUUAAGAGUACCAUAAAUUAAAAGGCGGUGGUGAAUAUCAAAGAAAGAAAAUGAGCUCAACAAUCAUCAUUCGGAAACCAUUGAAAUUGGCAAGUGAUACAAGUUUGAGAGAAUUAGAAAAUAUAAAAACCAAUCAUAAAAGUACCCAAGAUGGUCUCAUAAAUAUCAAAAGGUACGUGUCACAUUCAAAGGAUGCAAUUGAAAACUGGAGUAAUCACUCUGCAAAUAUAAGUGAAAACCUGGACGAUUUACAGCGUGAGAUCGGACUUCCCGUGGAUGUUGUGAACCUGCCUUUACUUCACCAGAGCCAGCGGCUACAGUGGAGAAGCGACCGGCACUAUAAGGAGCGGGACGCGGGUACCAUACGACGACCGUAUGAAUGUGGCGAGGACCCCCUCUUGGUACACGGGUAUCGCACUCUGUUCGCAGAAAACGGUGAAGAGGAUUGUUCUGUGACAACCAGCGAAAACAUGACUUUACCGACUUCGGAGUUAGAGUUUUCAGAACACAGUGACCAUGAAGACAUUCUAAAUUCAGAAAGUUAUCGAAGUCAGACUAUUUCGCCAUUUCCGCCUGUAGAAAGUGAUGAAAUUGAUAAGCAUAGGAAACUCAACGAAGAGGCAGAGAAAAACAAAACAAACACCGUACGAAAUAGUGAAAACAAUUAUUUAAAGAGAUUAAAACUUGACAGAAAGCAAGCGAGUGAUCAAAGGUUGAAGGAUAUGAAAACAACAAAGAAAAAGGCACAUCUAAAGAGAAUGCAAACAAAACCAAAGAUUAAAGAGAUAAAGGACGAGUUCUUCUUGGACUCACCUCCACCGCCGCCGUCGAAACCAAGGGAGUCUGAACAGAAGUCUGUAAAAACAAUUCUAGGGUUCAGAUAUUCGUACGCAAUUGAAGAGUUUUACAGAGGUCAGUUGAGAGGGACGCAGCUGGCAGUCCUACAUGAUGUGGAAAACGACCCAGUUAAAGAGGAAGUACUAAAUGGCUGGCUCGUUAAAACUCUUGGUCAUAACGUGCUUAAUAUGCAGGCAAGGACACUCCCAAGUUGUAACCCAGUUGAGCUGCGCCUGCGAAGAAUGCACGCGCGCAUGAUCCGUAACGCGACAAGAAGCCGCACCCAGAGUUACAGUCGCAGCUUAUCCCGGGAGUCCGUACGCUCCAUCGCCUCACAGAUCCUCAUGAAAUCAACAGACACCUUCAAGAAACUCAUUUCAAUUGACGAAGGACGAAGUUCCCACACAUCUUAUAAUUCCGAAAAAGACACCUCCACGCCCGGGUCUACAUCUCCAUUAAAACUACCGCCAAUCAAAGCGCUGCCAGUGCUUGAGGAGUUGGAACAGCCGGCGGCCCCGCGCAGCAUCUCCCUCAGACUUCCGCCAAUCGGGACCGAAGACAGCUGACAAGGAAUCAACCAUAGUUAUGUACAGUCGAACUCCUUAUGUGUGGUUUUAGAUGGCAAAACAUUCAGAGUAUAAAACAUGAACACUGCUAGUUUGACGAAAGAUCGAAGGGAAUAAAGACCGUUUUCACUUUGUUUUUGUAAAUGGUAUAUAUUAACACAUAUAUGCAUAAACAGACAUUGAACAUGAAUGGUAUUGUACAUAAGAUUUUCAAAUUGAUUGCUAGUUUGCUACGAGAUGGCAGUUGUUUUAAUUUAUAAGCGCUUCAUUAUACAUGUAACCGUGAAGUGUUUUUGGUAUACAUAUAUGUUUUUGUUUAAAAUGUCAUUUCUUUCUGAUAUAGAAUUGAACAAUACAAAUAAAGA